GUGGAUCCCAACAAGAUUGAGGCAGUGAGCAAGUGGGAUACACCAAGAAUUGCCGCUGAUGUUCGUCGCUUCUUGAGGUUAGCAAGAUACUACCGGAGAUUUAUCAAGGGCUUCUUGAAGAUAGCCCAACCACUAACCAACCUUACGAAGAAGAUCGUGAGGUUUGAUUGGAGUCCUAAGUGUGGCGAGAGUUUCCAGGAGUUGAAGAGGAGACUUACUACCGCGCCCGUCUUGUCUAUCCCCGAUCCUACUUUGGAGUUCACUAUCUACAGUGAUGCUUCGAAGAUGGGUUUGGGAUGUGUCCUUAUGCAUCAGAGGAAU